GAAUCUCACUUGAAAUGGUCCGAUCAAGUUGGUCGAAAGUGAGAGUACUCCCGGUGGUGUGGUUCCUGUUCCAGGGAAUUCCCCUGCUGGCCAUUCGCCUGAAGCCUUGCGAUCUUGCUGGUCAGCUUUAUAUACUUGAUGUCCCGAAAUCGGAGCUACCGCUGUGGCUUUGCAUUGCCGAGUUUGAGAGCCGCUUCAACACGCACGUCGUGGGUCAGGGAAAUGCGGAUGGCUCCCGGGACUAUGGACUCUUCCAGAUCAGCGAUCGUUUCUGGUGUGCGCCGCCAAAUCGAACGGAGUACUAUGCAUUCAAUGAUUGCAAUGUGAAUUGCACUCACCUUCUGAGCGACGACAUCACCAUGGCGGUCCAGUGCGCUCGGCUCAUCCAGAAACAGCAGGGCUGGACGGCCUGGUCCGUUUAUCCGGAGUUCUGCAAUGGUACUUUGGAAACCAUUGAUGAGUGCUUCCAGCCGCACAACGCCACAGAUUGUGCGACCAGCAAGAUGGACGAGGUCAAAGGUUGUUAGCGAUAGUCUGCCUAUUAUGUCAUCACUGCCGAAAUAUGUGAAUUUGUGUAUGCUAAAUUAAAAUCUUAAUUACCGUUUAUAUUCGACU